GCACUUGUGAAUGACGCAAGAACUGAUGACUUAUUUAUGAUCUUUAUAGAAUUCUGAAAGAGGACUUUACAUUUCUUGCCUUUAUUUAUUUUUAUUGCUGUUGACUGGACUUCGCCGAAUUGUGGAUUAAUUCUGAAAAUGACUAAAUAUGUUCUAUCUCUUUUAAUCCUCAUGAUCGCCUUUAAUUCGAAAGUGCUGUCUUCGAACAUUGAUACGAAAGAAGCGCUCGGUGUCACAGAUUCGAAGAAGCAAGAAGCGGUAUCUCGGAGGGUCUCGGCAUUCAGCGAUUAUGAAACCGCUGACAGCCUUUCGGCUUUUCCCAUCCAAUCGAUUCCCCCGGCAUCACUACAUCAGCAACUCCAGUGGGCGAGUAGUGCUGUUAAGCCACAAAUUUUAGGCUCUGGGUGGUAUGGGUUCAAUCAUUUUGUUCAGAGAUCAGCGAGAAAUAUGGCCCUGAACGCUAACAAUAGAUUAAGAAGUGCUGCAAAUCUGUUGGGUGAAAGCACACAGAUGUUUCCAAUGAUACAUUUUCCACCCAACUCUCACUUUCCUUUAGAUCAGAACUUCAUUUUUCACCAGUCCAUGAACGAUCUGCAAGGUCUGGGAACAGUCCCACACCAAGAUUUUUUCCAACAACCUCGCUUUAUUCGUUUGGAUCAGACAAAACUCACUCGGCCGAUUUUGGUGCCAGUCAUACGUCCUCGCCCUCAGCAGCCAGUAUUUGAGCAACAUCACCAGCGUCAGCCAUCAUACAACUACCGCCGACAAGCCAGUGAGAACAUCCAAAGAUCAGCAGCUUCACCGAAUCCAGUGACCAUUAAAAUCGUACCUUUGAAACUUUCAUCCAUUGACCUCAGCAACGCUUUGAAAUCCAUGUCUUGGAUUCCGAUUCCGUUAGACAUGAUGAAAUUAAAUACCCAGCAGAAUAAAGAGGACAAUCAAGAAGAAAGUGAGAGGCCAUACGGUGACAGAAAGCACUCGAUGUUUGACGAUGAAGAAGACGAAUCUGAUUUACCACCACCAUCGUCACAUGUUGCCACGCCACCCCUUGGCAUUACGUAUGCGGAAGGGAGAAGGUCUGAACGUUAUGUUAAGCGGCUUCAGCCUCGAAAGUAGUAAGCAAGACUUUAAUUUCAGUAGCAGAAGCUUCUCUUUGUGUGUUGCCACAUAAUAGAGUAAAAGCACAAUCGUUUCAAGUUAGUAUCGUUUUUAACGCCUACUGAAAUGGUACUCCCAUAUUGUGGCGAGGAAAAAAAUGAUUCAUAUUCGUAAACAUUUGUUUUCUUGCCUUUCUUGCAUAACUGCGUGCUUUUCAUACGAACUAUAUGCAUCUCAAUUAAAUAAAUAAUAAUAUUUUGAACUGCUGAAUUUGAUUUAAACUUGAGUUCAAAUUAUUGAUGAAGUAAUUUAAAAUGCUUUAAAAUUAUUAAUACAUGUUUUUCAUUAUAUUUUAUCCGUUAGCAGUUGCUGAAAUAAACAUUCUUUUUAGAGUUUUAGUUGGGCAUUAGCAAUAAAAUACAUCAAUAAUCUGUAGGAUUUAAUAUCAAAGUUUUG